GUCAUCUGAACAUGAGAGAGAGAGAGAGAGGUGAAUGAUUAGCUAAGGAGACAGAGAUAUCAAAAAACGCAGUCUGUCCUGAAGAUCUGUGUGUGUGUUUCAGUAUAGUGAGUCUAGCUUUUACAACCAAGAUCAGAAAUCCCCGAAAAGCUCCCAGCCCUCUUUUUUUUCUGCCUUUACCAAAGGGAUUAGCAAGCAGGGACUCCCAGCUACCAUGGUUUGUGUGAUGAGCGUGAGGACCUGGAUUGAGCCUGUCGUUGCUGGAGCUCAGCUUGCCAGCGCUUUCUAUGACACUGGGCUCCUGCUAAUAGUAAAGAAUUACUACAAUCAGACCAAUUCCUCUUCUGGGGAGAAUUCGCAACAGAAAGCCAUCUCCAACUUUUUCAUCAUCUACAAGCUUCUUGAUGGCCUGACCCCGCUGGUGUCAGCUUAUGGCCUGGCUAAGCUGGGCGACAUGAAGAGCAGGAAGAUUUCCAUCUGCGUACCUCUCCUUGGCUAUUUGCUCUCCCGGAUCCUCCUGCUCCUUUUGAUCCUGCUGACAUGGCCCAUUGAGGUGAUGUACGGGGCUGCUGUCUUGCAUGGCCUGGCUGGAGGUUUCUGCACUUACUGGGCCAGUGUCAUGGCUUUGACAUCUCACAGCUCCUCUGCGAGCAGGCGCUCCCUUCGCCUCAUCAUCGUUGAGCUCGUCUAUGGCAUAGCUGGUUUUGUGGGGAGCAUUGUAUCUGGACACCUCUUUGUCAGUUUCCACCUGAGUUACCGGCAUGGCACAGUGCUGGUUUCUUGCAGCAUUGCCUUAUAUGCUUUCUGUCUCCUCUACAGCCUAUUUGUCCUCAGAGUACCCAAGCCUGGAGGUUCUUGCCCAGCUGCUUCCAUGGCCCCGGACCAUCCUGACAGCAAGCUGGCUGACAAUGAAGGAGGGUCCAUCUGUGGUGAAAGACAGCCUGCUAUGGUGCCUUCCAAGCUCAUGUUUUCUAUGCUCUUUGUGGCAGCCAUCAUGUAUGACUUAUCUGUGGCAGGAGCCAUGGAUGUGCUGCCAUUAUUUCUGCUUAAGAAACCCCUGAGUUGGGGAGCAGUAUAUAUUGGCUAUGCCAAUGCUGCUGGCUUUCUGAUCUUUAUCACCAGCUUCCUGGGAGUCUUUGUGUUCUCCAGGUUUUUAAGAGACACCACAAUGAUUAUUAUAGGGAUUGUGUCCUUCUCAGCUGGCAUCUUCAUCAUGGCCUUUGUGCGAUGGACAUACCUGUUCUACGUUGCUCGUGCAGCAAUGCUGUUUGCUCUCAUUCCUUUGCCAACCAUCAGAUCUUUGCUAUCCAAACACAUAGAAGGAACAUCCUAUGGAAAAGUGUUUGUCUUACUGCAGCUGUCACUGGUCAUCACAGGCGUCGUGACAUCAACAGCCUACAAUAAAAUCUACCAAAACACUCUGGACUGGUUUGGUGGAUACUGCUUCCUAUUGUCGUGUGGUAUAAGUUGCCUAAGCCUCAUUCCUAUCAGUAUUGUAGCCUGGAAGCAACAGGCAACGUCUGGCUCACUGGAGAUUUUAACCAACUAAGCGCCGGAAGGUGCUGUGCCUGUUUCAGAAGGUAGGCGGAUGGCUCAUUACCAAGAUGGGAAUGGCCCAGCAGACUGACUGCAUGAAAGACAGCCUGCAUCUUGCAGUUAACUGCACUGAGACAGAUGCUGAACUUCUACUACCUAGAGCUUUUUCACACAGCAACUUAAUGUGAGAUUGGUGCUACUUGCAUCCCCGUUUAAUUCUCAUAGUUCACAUGACGUUGCAGGCAAGGAAAAGCUAUAACAAAGUUUUCCCCUUUAAAUCUGUAUCAACCCAAUUCACUGAUGGGUUCAUUCACAUGGGAGCUAAACUUUGCAGUAAAGACGUAGCUUUUGCCAUCGCAAUAGAUUUGCAAGGUUCACACCUUCUACCUUCAAAUCCACUGCUUUCCUUUCACACAAGUAGGCAUUCCUCUGGAAAAGUUUAGUAUCGCUGUUUCCUUGCCCCCUCCUAAUUUUACAUGUUUACUCCCUCCAGAGUAUCAAUAUUGCUAAUGGAGAAGGGGAGGGUUUUUUUGUUAGUUUCAUUGUUUCUUGUCAAUUGCAUGACUCUCCCAGAGAGCAAGUGAGAUUAGGAUAUACAGAAGGGAAGUGGCAUUGUCUCAGCUCUUUCUGCCUGCCAGAGAAUCGCCUUAUCCAGACCUGGUUCUGGUUUCUAUCCAAAAAGGUUGCCAUCCUCAGCACUGAUUCCCUGCUGUGCAUCUCUCUCAGCUCUGAAAGCAAAUCUCUCUCUCUCUCUCUCUCUCUCUCUCUCUCUCUCUCUCAUCUCACUCACUAACACACACACACACAGAGCGAGCGAGCGAGCAAGGGUCUUGCUACCUUUCUAGAGCAGAAAGACUGUCACUGGAAGAAGAAACUGGACAGCCAUCUGUUAGGGAUGCUGUAGCUUUAGAUUUCCUGUAUCGAGAAGUGAAUUGGACUAGAUGGCCUCCAGGGUCACCUGCCAGCUCAAGGAUUCUAUUUUACUUAAAGCCACAGCAGCAGCAUUUGGCUUUCACGGGAUGAGUUGGAAUGUUAAAUGGGGCUGUUGUUACCACUCCAUGUGCAUUUCUACACUUCAGAGGAUGACUUCACAUUCUCACAGCUGUACAACAGAAGCUGGAAGAAAAAAGCAGUAGAUCACACUCCUUGCUAGGACACUCUCUUCUGUAACUCUUUUUACAGUGAUUGGAUGAUAUGGCAAGCAGCAAAUCCAUGCAGGAGUGAGUAUAGUGCAGUUGGGCAAUAUAUAUAACAGACCUGUUUCCCCAAACCAUUUCACACAAUAUACUGUAACUCACCUGGCUUUGACUCCAUUGUGCCCUUUUUCUAAAGUCGCCACCCACAGUGAUUCAGCCUCUGUUACUCUACCAGUUGGAUUAUUCCCAUGUAUUCUAGGAAGAGUGGCCUAUGAAAACAUGAUGCUGGACACAAUCUUAAUGCAAGGACAUAAAGUUUACUGAACAAAUAACUUGUACACUUGGAAGGAUUUUCUCCUUUCAGUUAUUAUUGUUUAAUAUGAAAACACAAUAAUUAAAAAAAAUUGGACAAGAAGCUUGGAAAAGGAAAUGGAAUCUGCAGACCAUUGCAACUUGCCUUGGGCCAUCUAGUUUAUUAUGUUGGUGCUGUAGCAAGGCGCCCAGAUGGAGGGUUUUUAGUGCAGCUGUUCCAUAGGAUGUAAAAUCAUUUCAACUGGGGCUGAAUUAUGUCUGAUGUUAGAAAGGAGCAAAACUCUUAUUCUGUGUCCUCACUCAAUACUCGAAAGGCUUCACAAAUCUUAUCUUGCACCAAAGUGUCUUUUCCGAAACAAGAAAGGUCUGUAUUUAGGUCCUUUACAUUACUGACUAAAUAUAGAACCGUGGUCUCCAAGCUUGUUUCCCCAUGGACCACAUGAAAAUUGCUGAUGGUCUUGGUGGACCACUUGAUGAUUUUUCUGCCGGUUGUAUCAAUUGUAAUGUGCUUUGCAAGAUGCUGUCUGAUGUUUACUGCUUCUUUUCUUUCUUUUAUUACAAUUUGCAUUCCAUCAAAUUAAAAUUGUAGUAUAGUAUAAGUAAUACAAUGGAAAUGGACUGCCUUCAAGUCGAUCCCAACUUAUGGUGACCCUAUGAACAGGAUUUUCAUGGUAAGCAGUAUUCAGAGGGGGUUUAACAUUGCCUUCCUCUGAGGCUAGUCCUCCCCAGCUGGCUAGGGCCUGCUCAGCUUGCCACAGCUGCACAAGCCAGCCCCUUCCUUGUCUGCAACUGCCAGCUGGGGGCAACUGGGCUCCUUUGGACUAUGGAGCUUGCCCACGGCUGCACAGGUGGCAGGGCACAUAACCCCUGAGCCACUCACUGUGGUGGUGAUCUUUAGCUGGCCCUUUACACCCAAGACACACGAGCAAGGAUUUGAGCUCACAGACUCUGGACUCCCAGCCAGGCUUUUCUCCCCACUGUGCUAUACCAGCUGUCUAUAAGUAAUACAAGAAGCAAUAAAACUACAACUAAAAACACUAUGAAUAUUUAAUGCAGACAUGUCACAGACCAUCUUAAUGAAGCUUGCAGACCACUGGUGAUCCACAGACCACAGUCUGGGAACCCCUGAUAUUGAAAGUUUAUAAAGUAAUCAGACUGGCGGGUUAUGUAGUUUUCCUUGGACUAGCAGCUGCAAGGGCUAGAAACCAUCUCUCUGUUAUCAUUUAGCACUGUGAUUUAAAGGUGGUGCUGUUUCUACCCUUACAUUAACUGUAGUAUGGAUAGGGAAUCUGUGUUCCUCCAGACGUUGUUGGACUACAAUUCCCAGCUGGCCGGUAGCCAUCCUGGCUGGAGCUGAUAGGAGCUGGAGGCCAGGAACAUGUGAAUGAUCUGCAGGUUCCCCAGCCCUGGACAAUAAAACAAUCUUGUAUAUAUAGUUGAAUUCUGUUCUUAUGGUGUUAACUCAUGUUUAUUUAUAUUGAGUUUCUGGUUACCACUUAGAGACUACUAUUAUUAAGCAGUAUGUAAAUUGUCAAAAUAAAUAAAU